AUGGCCAUCCUACAAGACGUCGAACUAACGUACAGUGGCCCGGUAACGUAUGGCACAGCCGCUGGUGCCUACGCCGUCGCCGGGCUAUGGGAGGGCGCCUUGGCAUGCUUUGCCGAUGCGGGAGCAGCUGGACUAGCAAGGAGUGUGAUCCUGGUGAACAGCGUGAUGCGCGCUUGCGAGCGUGCCGGUAAGUGGACGCUGGCGCUGUGGCUGCUGCGGGAGGCGAUGCCCGCCGAGAAGCCGCCCAUGGAACCAGACGCCAUAAGCUACAGCUACGCCAUGCACGCCUGCUUGAAAUCUGCUCGCUGGGACAUGGCGCUGGAACUCUUCGAUGCCCUUCCUGGCGGAGGCUCCAAGAACCUGAAUGCCACCACGGCGGCCAUGACUGCCUAUGGCCUGGCCUCUGCCUGGCACCGCUCCGUGGAGCUCGCGGAGACGCUGCGCCCUGGAUGGGGUGCCGUGUGCUUCACCCACUGGCUACCGUCUGACCGGCCACGCCCCAAAGCCAUGAUGCCUGCGUCUUACGCUCGCCCGGCCGCGGACGCGCCGGAGAACGAGCUCCGGCAGGCGAUCGCCGAGCGCUUCGCUGGUGCCUAUGAGGUGCAGCUGAAGCAGCUGACUUCCCAAGCAGAGGGGGAGAGGAAGUGGAUCGAGGCGGACAUCGAGAGGCUCCGGAAGGAGGCCUGGAACGCCUCGGAGGCGGCGCGCGGGGAGCGCGCCAAGGUGCAAGCAGCCUGCCAGGAGUUGGGUGCCAGAAGCUUGGGGAACAACGCCUUGCGCGAGGCUCUCACCACUGCCCGGGCCGAGAUGGCCAUGGAGGAGGCGCUGCUGGCAGACCGCCGGGGUGCUCUGAGCCACGAGGAGUCACGGCUUGCCGCGCUGCGGGUGGAGAGCGCCGCGCAGCUUGCGGAGCUCCGCCGUGCCGUGGAUGCGGCGGCGCAUCGCUGUCACCAUGAGGACCAGGUGGCCCAGCAGCUUUCCCGCCAGCUUGCUGCCCACACCGCGGAGUGCAACGCUGAGGCGAAAGUGGCCGCCGAGCACGCUGAGAUGACUCAGGUGGCCCUGGCCCAGCGUGAAGAAGCUUUAAGAAGCCUGCGGAGGCAAGAGCAGACGUCUGGGCAGUUGAUCCAGGAGGCCGUCCGCCUCAUGGCCGCGGAGCGCGGGCUUUCGGAGCAUUGA